GUCUCGUUCGUUUCCCCCCAUGUUCUUCAUACCUCUUUCAUUCCAUCGAGGGCGCAAAUUUCUCCAAUUGAGGUCAUGAAGCCAAAUCUGAGUCUCAAAUAUGAAAUAUGGACGAAAAGGAGAGAAUAACGCGUUCACGACACGUCUGGACGCCUCGACUAUCACUAGUAUGAUACCACAAAACUUCGGAUAUUCAAAUCUAGCAAAUCUCUGAGGGAGUGUCAAGGUCGAGUACUCAAUAGCUCUCAGCUGGGCCAGUAUAAAAACUCUUAACAAUGUCUAUAUCGACCAUCUGAAAUCGUCUCUCUAAACACCUCAACCAGUCUCUAGGAUCUUUUGAACAAUGUCGUUCUUCAUUCCUGCUCCUAAACCAGCUACCAAGCUCGGUAUCUAUCGUGUUCUGUCAGCUCGAGCUGGCGUCCGCGUCUCUCCUUUGUGUCUCGGUGCGAUGAGCAUCGGUGACAAGUGGGAGGAUUGGAUGGGAUCGAUGGAUAAAGAAUCCAGUUUCAAGCUAUUGGACGCGUAUUUCAACCUGGGAGGGAACUUUAUUGAUACGGCUGGCAACUAGUAGCUUGUUUCAACAUCGCCAUUCUUGGACUCUUACUCACUUGCGUAUGAAAUAUAGUCAGGACGAGUCCUCAGAAGAGUUCAUUGGCGAAUGGGCAGAAAAACGAGAGAUCCGAGACCAGCUCUUCAUUGCUACCAAGUACACAACUCUUUUCAAGAAAGCAGACCCGAAGAUCAUUCAAAAGGUCAACUACACCGGGAACAAUACGAAAAACAUGCAUCUCAGUGUCAAAGCGAGCUUGAAAAAGCUCCGCACGGACUAUAUCGAUCUUCUCUAUGUGCAUUGGUGGGAUUACGAUACCUCGAUCGAGGAGAUCAUGGAUGGAUUGCACAAUCUAGUAGUCCAGGGCAAGGUACUCUACCUGGGUAUCUCGGAUACACCCGCAUGGGUAGUCGCACAGGCUAACCAAUACGCUCGAGACCACGGGAAAACGCCUUUCUCCAUCUAUCAAGGACAAUGGAAUAUCCUGCAGAGGUCUUUCGAGAGGGACAUCAUUCCUAUGGCUCGAUCUUUCGGCAUGGCACUUGCCCCAUGGAGUGUUCUCGCGGGCGGAAGACUCAGGACCGACGCAGAAGAGCAAAAAAGGAAAGAGAAAGUCGCGCAGGAGGUUGGUGCAAAGAGCAUUUCAUCCGCUGCAAUCGCAUAUGUGAUGCAGAAGACGACGCAUGUCUUCCCACUCAUCGGCGGGCGUAAAGUUGAACAACUGGAGCAAAACCUCGAAGCACUUGACAUCACACUAUCUUCGGAACAGAUAAAGUUCCUAGAGAGUCAGGUUUCCUUUGAUAUUGGAUUCCCUACCAGCAUGAUUGGAGACGGAUCUGAGCCUGGGUAUUUGAUGAAUAUAGCGUGCCAUUACCAGAAGAUUCCAAAGGCACAACCACUUCCUGCACCUACCUUGUAGGCUCGACCACCGGUUACGAUACACAAGACUAUAUGUGACCUAGUGUUCUGCCAAACGAUGCUCUUCAGAAUGUGUUACAAGGGUCGCCUGGUAUGGCUGUUUGAUGAGCACGUCAGACUUCUGUGCGUCCUUUUUGCGACGCUCCAUCGAGUGCCAUGCACAUCCACGCAUGACUGAAUGCGAUGUAUAUUUCUGCGAUGACUGAGG